CUUCUGUUUACACUUGCCUGGGCUGUUUGACAGGAGGAGUGCGUAUUUGUUGGCAAGAGUUGUGUUGUAGACAGUGGCCUGGCUUCUCGAAAUAUCGGACAAUGGACUCCGGCGGCGGAAUACAGAUACCGAGCCGUCUCCCGCUGCUGCUGACCCAUGAAGGGGUGCUCCUCCCGGGUUCCACAGUCAGGUUCAGCGUGGACUCUCCGCGGAACAUGCACCUGGUCAGCCAACGGCUGUUGAAGGGCACUUCUCUGAAAAGCACAAUCAUAGGAGUGAUUCCAAACACCAGAGACCCAGAGAACGACACCGACGACCUCCCCACCUUGCACAAAAUUGGUACAGCGGGGAUAGCAGUGCAGGUGGUGGGCAGCAACUGGCCAAAGCCCCACUACACCCUCCUCAUCACAGGAUUGUGCCGCUUUAGUGUGUCAGGUCUGCUUAAGGAGCGACCCUUUGUCCUGGCAGAGGUGCAGCAAUUGGAUAAACUGGAGCAGUACACGACCCCAGCAACAGAGGGUGUCCCAGCAGAAGAAGGAGAGCUGGGGGAGCUGUCCCACAAGUUCUACCAAGCUGCUGUACAGUUGUUAGGUAUGUUGGACAUGUCCGUUCCAGUGGUGGCUAAGUUCAGGCGUCUGUUGGACAGUCUGCCCAGGGAAGCUCUGCCUGAUGUGUUAGCCUCCAUGAUCCGCACCUCAAACAAGGAGAAACUACAGGUCCUGGAUGCGGUGACUUUGGAGGAGCGAUUUAAGAAGGCUCUGCCCAUGUUGACCAGACAGAUAGAGGGACUAAAACUGAUAAAGAAAACCAGGAAAAUCGGUCCUGACAAUGAGAAAAGGGUGUUAUCGGUGCGUAAAGGUGGAGUGUUCCCGGGCCGGCAGUUCAACCUGGAUGAAGAAGAUGAAGAUGAGGAUGGUGAUGACACUGCAGCCUUGGAAAGGAAGGUCCACGGGGCCAAGAUGUCUGAAGCUGCACUUAGAGUUUGCCUCAAAGAGCUCAAGAGGUUGAAGAAGAUGCCUCAGUCCAUGCCUGAGUAUGCCCUGACCCGAAACUACUUGGAUCUGAUGGUAGAGUUGCCAUGGAGCAAAAGCACCAAAGACUGCCUGGACAUCCGAGCCGCUCGCACUCUAUUGGACAACGAUCACUAUGCCAUGGACAAGCUAAAGAGACGCGUGCUGGAGUACUUGGCUGUUAGACAGCUGAAGACUUCCCUGAAGGGACCCAUCCUCUGCUUUGUGGGGCCUCCAGGAGUCGGUAAGACCAGCGUGGGACGCUCCAUAGCCAGGACUCUGGGCAGAGAGUUUCACCGCAUCGCUUUGGGAGGCGUCUGUGACCAGUCUGACAUCCGCGGACACAGACGCACAUAUGUAGGAAGCAUGCCCGGCCGCAUCAUCAACGGUUUGAAGACAGUGGCCGUCAAUAAUCCUGUGUUCCUCCUGGACGAGGUGGACAAACUGGGGAAGAGCCUGCAAGGAGACCCUGCAGCUGCACUGCUGGAGGUCCUGGACCCAGAGCAGAACCACAGCUUCACAGACCAUUACCUCAAUGUGGCCUUUGACCUCUCCCAAGUGCUCUUUAUUGCCACUGCAAACACCACAGCAACCAUUCCCCCUGCCCUGCUGGACAGGAUGGAGGUGCUGCAGGUACCAGGCUACACUCAAGAAGAGAAGGUGGAGAUAGCUCACCGUCACCUGAUCCCAAAUCAGCUGGAGCAGCAUGGAUUAACGCCUCAACAGCUGCAUAUACCACAGGACACCACACAGCAUAUAAUCAGCAGUUAUACUCGCGAGGCGGGCGUGCGCUCCCUAGAGAGGAAGUUCGGGGCGAUCUGCCGAGCCGUGGCUGUGAAAGUCGCUGAAGGCCACAGAGUCACCAAGACAGAGGCUUCCAGCCCCGAGGACCCAACACAGCAGGAGGACAAGGCGGUGCCCCCCGAGCUGCCCAUAGUGAUCGACCACGUCGCCCUGAAAGACAUCCUGGGACCUCCGCUGUUUGAAAUGGAGGUAUCUGAGAGGCUCACCCUGCCCGGUGUGGCUGUGGGCCUGGCCUGGACCCCCCUCGGUGGGGAGAUCCUGUUUGUGGAGGCCAGUCGAAUGGAGGGAGAAGGUCAGCUCACUUUAACCGGUCAGCUGGGAGACGUUAUGAAAGAAUCCGCCCAUUUGGCCAUCAGCUGGCUCAGGGCCAACGCUAAAACCUACCAGCUCACCAACAUGGUGGGAGGUCCAGACCCGCUAGAAGCAACAGACAUCCACCUCCACUUCCCUGCUGGAGCUGUCACCAAGGAUGGCCCUUCUGCAGGUGUUACCAUAGUAACCUGCCUAGCCUCGCUGUUUAGCGGCCGAUUGGUGAGAUCAGACGUUGCCAUGACAGGAGAGAUCACCUUAAGAGGGCUGGUGCUGCCGGUGGGCGGAAUCAAGGACAAGGUCCUGGCGGCCCACAGGGCAGGAGUGAAGAGCGUCAUCCUCCCUAAACGCAACGAGAAGGACCUGGAGGAGCUCCCGGCUAACGUCCGAGCCGACCUCGACUUUGUCACGGCUGCGAACCUGGACCAGGUCCUGAACGCCGCCUUUGAUGGAGGGUUUCCAGGGACAGCCAGCACCCACACACACCCUCAGCUGAGCAGCAAACUGUAACCCGCUGAUGAAAACACACACACACACACACACACACACACACAUUCAAAUGAUUACUUUCCUAGUGAAGAGAUAAUUUGAGGUAAAUGAAGCUACAAUUCAGAGUCAAGCCCUGUAGGAGGAUUCGGUCAAACUUUACAUGGACAAGUGUUACAUCGUUGUUAUUCACAUAUUGGCUGUACAGCCAUUCACAGCCAGCUUGAUGGUGUUUUAAGCCCCCGUUGUUGACUUCAAGGCAGCGCUGCGACCGUCGAUUUCAAGGCACCUAACCCUAACCAUUGCCUAAUCCAAACACCUCACAGCCAAGACUCGAUCCAGGUCACGUCACCACUGUGUGUAAUCAUGUUGGUGCGUUUAAGAGUUCAGCCUUAGUUUUUCGAGACCGACUGGCUGCUGUUUUCUCGGAUAUUUGCAUUAUAUUAACAGCCCUGCUGUAGCCAAGUGGAGUGGAUGUAAGCUUAUUAAAGCCUCAACACAUUGGUGAGCAACUACAGCACCCUGUUGAUUUAGCUUGAUUGUUAAAGUUUGUGCUGAAAAGAAAGGUAAAGUAAAGGUAAAUUUGCUGAUAUGUUUUGCUUUUCGUAAGUGAUUGAGGCUGAUGAGAUGUGAUCAGAUGGUCUGAUGGUGUGGUGCAGCCUGAUUCCAGCUAUUUCGGUUUUACCAGUUCUUGUAAAUGCACAUGUUGAAAUUUCUUAGCUGUGCAAAUGUUGCAACAACUGUUAACAAAAGACUACUAUUUAGUUUGAUCAUACUGUUAAGUGUGGAAACAAUUUCCCUGGACAAAUAUUCUUAUUCCAUUUAUCUGGCAAAAGUGAUCAGACCUAUUUAAUGUCUGGAAUCCUGUGCACCUGUGGGCAUUGUAUGAGCUGACAUUGUAUGGAGAAAGAUUAAGGGUUGGAUAAUUCCAAGGUAGAAAAGGUAGAAACCUUCCAUGGGAAGUAACGAGUAUAAAAUGAAAAUAUCGGGGUUACCUGCUCAGGCUGUAUUUACCAUGUCAUGUGUAGAUAGAAACAAACCUUUACAAAGAGACAAAAUCCAUUAA